AUGACACGACACGGUAAAAAUGCAACGGCAUCAGCUGUUUAUUCGUAUUCGGAGAGGAGGAAAGAUGCAACUCAAUCAGGUUAUGGAACUCUUCAUCAGCGCUUAGGUGCUGAUUCUAUCAAAGAAUUUGAUUGUUGCUCGAUUACAUUACAGCCUUGUCGUAAUCCAGUAAUUUCACCAAAUGGUUAUAUAUUCGAUCGAGAAGCAGUUUUAGAAUAUUAUCUUACACAGAAAAAAGAAAAUGCAAAAAAACUGAAAGAAUGGGAGAAACAAUGUAUGAAAGAUGAAGAAGAACGGAAUAAGGAGAAAAGUAUGGUUGAAACCGUAAAAAUAAUGAAAUUCAUGAUCGCAGAGGAGACACCGACACAUCCCGGAGCGAGGUCAUCUCUAGGCGAUUUGACCCCGACGACUUCGGCCGGAGCAACUGCAUCUGGAAGUCAGGUUGGGUUCGAUGUUUACGUAAUUCUUUUUUUUGUAUCUAUUUAUACUCUUCCCUUAUUUUGGGAUCAAACUGUUCGAUGUCCUGUAUCUGGACGACCUCUAAAGAUAAAAGAAUUGCUACCUGUUCAAUUCACAAAAGUUGACGAUGAGGAGGACAAUUCAAAAAAGAUGCGAUAUAUGUGUCCCAUUACGCAUGAUAUUAUAACCAAUACUACUCGAUGUGCUUAUUUAAAAACAAGUCAAGUUGUCGUGACAAUGGACUGUGUUGAUAAAAUUAUCAGAAAAGAUAUGAUUGAUCCAAUUAACGGGAAAUCGCUUAUGGAUACUGAUAUAAUUGAAUUACAGCGUGGUGGAACAGGAUUUGCUUUAACAAAUGAAAAUCCAUCAUCGUUAUUAUUCUCAAUCUUCAGUAUGGCGAAAGUGAUGGAGAAUGAUGGAUUUAAACGACCUGCUCUACCGGUUUCACUCACACAGUCUAUGGGACCAAAACGCCCUCGCUUUGAAGUUGUUCAAAGUGGACAUACAAAAAGUGAGCCAGUGCGAUUAUCUCAGUUACAGGCACCAAUAAUGUUGCUUAGUGGACAUGAAGGUGAAAUUCACACAGCCAAAUUUAGCUCUGAUGGAACUUUCCUUGCAUCAGCUGGAUUCGAUAUGUUUCCAGUUUUGUGGAAUGUUUAUGGUGAUUGCGAAAAUUUUUCAAUUUUGAAAGGUCAUACAGGAGCAAUCAUGGAUCUUCAUUUCAACUCUGAUUCAAGCUUGUUAAUUACUGCUUCAACCGAUAAAACAGCUCGAGUAUGGGAUAUGGAAACAGGGACCUGCAUUCGAAAAGUACAUGACAUAAGGAAAAGAGAUCCAGUUGUAUGUUUUGCGAACAAAUAUCAAGUCACGGCUGUCUGUUUUAAUGAUAAUGCUGAGCAAGUGAUAAGUGGAGGCAUCGAUAAUGAUUUGAAAGUCUGGGAUUUGAGACGUAAUGAUUUGGCAUAUGUUAUGCGUGGACAUACCGACACCGUAACAGCCCUCGCUCUUAGCCCUCAGGGCACUCAUGUUCUUUCCAAUUCCAUGGACUGUACAGCGAAAAUGUGGGAUAUUCGUGUAUAUUCUCCAGAAGUACGUUGUGUCAAAUCUUUUGGAGGUCAUCAGCACAACUUCGAAAAGAAUUUGUUGAAAUGUGCUUGGUCACCAGAUAAUAAUUAUAUAACCUGUGGUUCGAGUGAUCGAUAUGUUUAUGCCUGGGAAGUAUCUUCCCGAAGAAUAGUUUAUAAACUACCUGGUCAUCAAGGUUCUGUUAAUGCGACUGAUUUCCAUCCAAAAGAACCUAUAUUAUUAUCCGCAUCUAGUGAUAAAAAAAUAUUUCUGGGAGAAGUGGAGCUUUAA